AUGCUGAAACAAUGGAAUUGCACUACCAUAACCUUAGUUCCUAAGGUUCCUAACCUUACUUAUGCAAAGGAUUUCAGACCUAUUGCAUGUUCUUCUGUUCUUUAUAAACUAGUGUAUAAGAUCCUCACUGCUAGACUUACUAAUGUUCUUUCUGGGGUUAUUGAUGGAGCUCAAGCUGGUUUAUUCCUGGCUGUUAUGCCUGAACUUGGUUUCCCUAGUCAAUUUAUUAGCUGGAUCAUGGUUUGCCUUUCUUCUGUCUCUUUCUCCAUUUUGAUCAAUGGCAUCCCCUCUAAACCUUUUGAGGUAAAGAAGGGGCUUAGAUGUCUUGUUGAGUUGCAUCUUGACCCUAAUUUCAACUAUCAUCCUAGAUGUGAUAAAAUGAUGCUAACUCACUUAAUGUUUGCUGAUGAUCUUUUGUUGUUUUCCAAAGUUGAUAAAGACUCUAUCACAUUGCUUUUUCAAGCUUUCACUAAGUUUUGCUUGGCUUCUAGUCUUUCUGCAAACUUAGACAAGAGUGAAGUCUACUUUGGUGGACUUUCUGAUGUUGAGCAAGAAGCUUUGAGAAGCUUGAUUGGAGUGGUCCCUGAUACUAUUCCUUUCAAAUACUUAGGGGUUCCUUUAUCCUCUAAGAAAGUCACUAUUGCUCAAUGUAAACCUUUAGUGGACAAGGUUACUGCUAGAAUUAAUGGUUGGUCUGCUAUGCAUUUAUCUUAUGCCGGUAGAUUGCAGUUGAUUUUUGUUUUGCCUAAAAAUAUACUCAAAGAAAUGGAAAACAAAUUCAGAGUUUUUUUAUGGAUUGGGAAGGCUAAUCCUUCAAAGAAAUCUUUAGUGUCUUGGUCUCAGGUUUGCCUUUCUAAAGUUAGUGGUUGGUGGAACUUGAUUUCCCUCCCUGAGUGGAAUUCUGCUGCUGUUUGUAGGCUGCUUUGGGAUCUUGCCCAUAAAGCAGAUAACCUUUAG